AGCCCUCUUUGCUCAAGUCAUUUGGUUCAAAUCGCUAGCUCACCGAAUCUGUUCGCUUGGCAUGUCAUAGAUGAUUCUCGCGUUCCUCCUUUUUCACACCUUUUUGGCUGAGGUGGUCAAUGCGCGCGAGCAUGAUGAGCUGCAGCUGCUGCAGCGAAGGAAUGUCGACUUGAUUGGCAUGGAGCCCUUCCAGAAUCCCAAGGCCACCAAGUCCUACGUUCUCAUCCACAUUCCGAAGACUGCAGGAUCUUCCCUCCGUGGGGAUGGCAAGGCCGUGGUGGCACCGGCAGAGUUUAAACUCAACUUCGAGAGCUCCUGGGUCCGAACGGUUCAUGCAGAAGAUCAGGUGGACAUGGCGAUGCUUCGGUUUCCCUUGGAUCACGUCUUAUCUCAAUUCAUGGAGUGCAAGUAUGAUCAAGCGUGGAAACCGUCUCCUUUGGUACCCACGCACGGAGUGGCCGGCCACGGCACCUACGGUGGCUUCGAAGAAUGGGUGGAUCAUUUCCUAAAGAUGCAGUCCACAGCGUCGUUAGUGUCCUAUCCCGUGUGUAGAGAGGUGCUGCAGAUGGGCCAGCACGCCGAGCUCAAGGCAGAGUGCCAAAGGAUGCAGAAAGCGGCCUAUGAUUGUUACAACCCUUGGAAUAUGCAGACCAGAUACCUUUCGGAAUUUUGGGACCACUUCGCAUUGUCCAGCUCCUUAGAACCCAAAUUGGCGCCCGCUGUGGCUCACCUGAAGCACACGGUGACAGGCGUGGUGGAGUUCUACAAUGAGACGCUGUGCGUGCUAUACUUCCAAAGGCACGGCACAGUGCCUUCCAGCUGCAGCUGCGGUGGCGCUGGGGCACUCCCAGACAGAGAGUCUCGGCCGGUGCUGCACGGUCUACCCCACCAUGCCUUGUCCGAGCUGCCAACAGCUGUGGUGAAGCGAUUGCACGGGCUCAUUCGACAGGACGCCCAGCUCUAUGCGAUGGGCCUGCAUCGUUUGGAAGAGGAGGCGAAGAAGGUCAGAGAGGCCACCGAAGUGGAGAUUUUCUGCGAGGAACCUUUGGCCAUGCUGUGGGACAGGGUGGAGCAGAUGCUGAAGGAGCUCGAUUUGACCUCCUGGUUUCACGAGCUCAGGUCUGGAUGGUCUGGUUAGCCUCGACCGGUCUCGACUGCCUGAUGGCCUGAGCUGAAGAAGCAACACAUGCAAUGCAGUUUUAAAUAUAGUAUAAGACACAUAUGCAUUCUGCAAUGCUGCAUGU